AUGGGUGAUGGUGGACCCUGGAGUCUACCCCAGGAUGUGCUGUUGGAAUACACCCUGGGUGGGAAGUCAUGGCAGUACCUGGCCCACCAGUAUCCGGCCCACCAGUACCCCCGGAGGUAUUCGCCUCCUCAGCGGCAGUAUCCGUCCCACCAGUACCCGCGGAGGUAUUCGCCUCCUCAGCGGCAGUAUCCGUCCCACCGGUACUCGCGGGGGUAUUCGCCUCCUCAGCGGCAGUAUCCGUCCCACCUGUACCCACGGGGGUAUUCGCCUCCUCAGCGGCAGUACCCGUCCCACCAGUACCCGCAGGGGUAUUCGCCUCCUCAGCGGCAGUACCCGGCCCACCAGUACCCGGGGAGGUAUUCGCCUCCUCAGCGGCAGUACCCGGGGAGGUAUUCGCCUCCUCAGCGGCAGUACCCGGCCCACCAGUACCCACCGAGGUAUUCGCCUCCUCAGCGGCAGUACCCGCCGAGGUAUUCCCCUCCUCAGCGGCAGUACCCGGGGAGGUAUUCGCCUCCUCAGCGGCAGUACCCGGCCCACCAGUACCCGCCGAGGUAUUCCCCUCCUCAGCGGCAGUACCCGCAGGGGUAUUCGCCUCCUCAGCGGCAGUACCCGGCCCACCAGUACCCGGGGAGGUAUUCGCCUCCUCAGCGGCAGUACCCGGGGAGGUAUUCGCCUCCUCAGCGGCAGUACCCGGCCCACCAGUACCCACCGAGGUAUUCGCCUCCUCAGCGGCAGUACCCGGCCCACCAGUACCCGGGGAGGUAUUCGCCUCCUCAGCGGCAGUACCCGGGGAGGUAUUCGCCUCCUCAGCGGCAGUACCCGGCCCACCAGUACCCACCGAGGUAUUCGCCUCCUCAGCGGCAGUACCCGGCCCACCAGUACCCGCCGAGGUAUUCCCCUCCUCAGCGGCAGUACCCGGCCCACCAGUACCCGCCGAGGUAUUCCCCUACUCAGCGGCAGUACCCGGCCCACCAGUACCCGCCGAGGUAUUCGCCUCCUCAGCGGCAGUACCCGCCGAGGUAUUCGCCUCCUCAGCGGCAGUACCCGGCCCGGCAGUACCCGCCGAGGUAUUCGCCUCCUCAGCGGCAGUACCCGCCGAGGUAUUCGCCUCCUCAGCGGCAGUACCCGCCGAGGUAUUCGCCUCCUCAGCGGCAGUACCCGCCGAGGUAUUCGCCUCCUCAGCGGCAGUACCCGCCGAGGUAUUCGCCUCCUCAGCGGCAGUACCCGCCGAGGUAUUCGCCUCCUCAGCGGCAGUACCCGGCCCACCAGUACCCGCCGAGGUAUUCGCCUCCUCAGCGGCAGUACCCGGCCCACCAGUACCCGCCGAGGUAUUCGCCUCCUCAGCGGCAGUACCCGGCCCACCAGUACCCGCCGAGGUAUUCGCCUCCCCGGUGA